AUGGCUUCGUUCGCCAACGCCACAGCAGCCUCAACAGGGCUCGCCAAGCUCAACCAAACUCCCUUCUAUUUUCAAGCACAACCCGCCGUCAUCCCCGGCCUCUCGGACAAGUACCUUUCGCUAGCACUCCCCAUUGUCAUCUACUGGGUCGUCUCACUCUUCUAUCAUGCCCUCGACACACUACAACUUCCCUUCACCGAACAAUACCGCCUGCAUGAACCCGAAGAAGUGACCAAGCGUAACCGCGUCAGCGUGUCCCGUGUCGUUGUCAUGGUCAUGGUUCAGCAGGCCAUUCAGACCAUGUUGGGGCUCUUGCUACUCGACGAUGAUGCCGUUGGGUUCCAACAGACAUUUGCAGACCACCCUGCCAGGAUCCUCAGCAUUGCCGCUUCCCUCCGUUCCAGCACCGCCAAGCUGUUCGGCCCCUCGUUGCAGCCCACGGCGACCAAGCUGCUCUUCGGUGGGCAGGAUGCGCUGUCGGCGGCUUGGUGGCUCUACUGGUGGGGCAUCCCCACCGCGCAGUUCUGGUUUGCCUUCUUUGUCAUGGACGCGUGGCAGUACACGUUGCAUCGCCUUUUCCACGAGAGCCGCUUCCUCUACCGCCAUUUUCACUCGCAUCACCACCGUCUCUAUGUGCCGUACGCCUUUGGCGCGCUCUACAACCACCCUGUCGAAGGGCUUUUGCUCGAUUCAGCCGGAGCAGCCAUCUCGCAUGCAGCUGCGCUCAUGACCGUGCGUCAGAGCAUUCUGCUUUUCACCUUUUCCACCGUCAAGACCGUCGCCGACCAUGGUGGGUAUGCCUUCCCGUGGUAUCUCGACCCUCUGCAUCUCGUGUUCCCCAACUGUGCCGAGUAUCACGACGUGCACCACCAGAUGACCGGGCUGCGGUACAACUACUCUCAGCCGUUCUUUGUGCAUUUUGAUGUGCUCUUCGGUACACGCAUCUCGACGGAAAAGUUCCAAAAGAUGAAGAAGCUCGCCGAGCAGAAGAGGGCGGCAAGCAAGCCCAGCAAAGUCAACGGCGCGUCGGCACCAGCAUCGACACCUCUCGACGGCCAGGACGCGACGCCAGCAGAGAUUGUCGGCAAGAGCAGCGAUCCGUUUGUUACGACGAGCAAGCGCUCCUAUGCUGCAAAGGCUGGCAGCUCGACUACUGAAUAG